CUGAAGAGGAUAUUUCCUUACAAACCGCCUGAAAUGGCUGUAGACCAUAUCAUUAUUGGCGGUGGUGUUGUCGGUCUCGCUGUAGCUCAGAAGUUAUCGCAGAGAUUUCCGACUAGAUCGACAUAUUUAAUAGAAAGACAUCAGAGAGCAGGUGAGGAGACGAGCUCGCGUAACUCUGAGGUUAUACAUGCUGGUAUCUACUACCCUCAGAAUUCACUUAAAACUCAAUUAUGUGUUAGGGGACGUAAACUCCUAUAUGAACGCUGUAAAACACACAAUAUUGACCACAAAAAGACAGGAAAACUUGUUAUUGGUACAUCAGCAUCACAGUAUGCAUACCUUCGUAAAUUACAUGCGCAUACCCAGCUACCAGAAGUCAGUGUACCUACACAGUUGAUAUCAGCCGACCAAGCACUCGACUAUGAACCUGACUUGUCAAAAUCAGUCACAGCAGCUCUAUACAGCCCAGAGACGGGUAUCAUAGACUCACAUGGCUUAAUGGAUUCAUUUGAACAAGAUAUAACUGAUGCGGAGUCAUCUGAACUCGUCUAUGGUACAAAUGUAGUUAGAAUAGACCCGUAUAAUAUCGAUAAUGUAAGUAGGAAGGGUGAAGGAGAUGAUCGCGGUUAUGUCGUACAAAUGCUAACCGAGGGAUCGGAUACGACAGAUGCGUUAUUGGCUAGAAGUGUUAUCAAUUGUGCGGGAUUAAAUGCACAUACUAUGCUAAAUAUGGUUUUACCUGAAAACGAGCAACGCAAAAUAUGGUAUGCUAAAGGAAACUGGUUCCAAUAUAAGGGACCGGGCGUUGAAAAUGUCUCACAUUUGCUGUACCCUUGUCCUGAACCAUCUUUGGCUGGAUUAGGUACUCACCUUACACUUAGCCUUGACGGAAGCGUCAAAUUUGGACCUGACGUAGAGCAUCUUCCCGAAUCAGAUGCUAUUGACUAUUGGAAAGAACACUUGAAACCAUCUGAGAAGAACUUACCAAAGGUUAUAGAAGCAGUACAGAAGUACCUUCCAGGCGUAAACCCAGAUGGAUUCUCACCAGAUCAAGCCGGCCUGAGGGUUAAAAGAAAUCAACCGUCGAGCAACCAAUUUUCAGACUUUGAGAUCGUACAUGACACCGAGAAUACACCUGGAAUGAUAAGCUGCUAUGGUAUAGAAAGCCCAGGAUUAACUGCCUGCAUGGCUAUCGCUGAGGAAAUUGAGCGUCGACUGACGAAUGAUGUUUGGGGCGCAGGUAGAGGAAAUAGAGUCUCGGAGGCUGGAAACAGUAGUUUAAAUGAUUGGGCCUAGUUUUAUGUAUUUUCUAUGAAUUAUCUAUGAA